AUGUCGGCACUCAGCGCGCUGCCCUUCCUGAAGCCGGUCCAGCUGCGGUCGCCCCGCAGCUCGCCCGGGGGCCAGCGCCGGCACACGCUGCCCGCCAGCGAGUUCCGCUGCCUCAGCCCCGAGGAUGCCGUCAGCGUGUUCGAGAUCGAGCGCGAAGCCUUUAUAUCAGUUUCUGGGGACUGUCCCCUGCACCUGGAUGAGAUCCGCCACUUCCUGAACCUGUGCCCGGAGCUGUCCCUCGGCUGGUUUGAGGAAGGGAGGCUCGUGGCUUUCAUCAUUGGCUCCCUCUGGGACCAGGAGAGGCUCAGCCAGGCAGCGCUGACCCUGCACAAGCCGCAGGGCUCGGCCGUGCACAUCCACGUGCUGGCCGUGCACCGCACCGUGCGCCAGCAGGGCAAGGGCUCCAUCCUGAUGUGGCGCUACCUGCAGCACCUGCGCUGCCUGCCCUGCGCCCGCCGCGCCCUGCUCAUGUGCGAGCCCUUCCUCGUGCCCUUCUACCAGAAGUGCGGCUUCCAGGCGCUGGGGCCCUGCCAGGUGACCGUGGGGGAGCUGGCCUUCGUGGAGAUGCAGCACCCGGUGCGGGGACACGCCUUCAUGCGCAGGAACAGCGGCUGCUGAGGCCCCGCUGGCCUGGCCUGCCUGGGGGUGACAGGCUGCAGCCCCCCUCCAUCCCCACGCUGUGAUCCAUCGUCCCCAGCUGGCCCUGGAUACAGCUGCUCCCUCUGCCACUUCUGCCUGCCAGCCACACCGGCCUGGCCCCGUCCCAUCCCUGCGGGGCUGGGCACAGGAAUUCCUGCCUGAUCCUGC